AUGCGGGAAAUUGUACAUCUCCAAGCUGGUCAAUGUGGAAACCAAAUUGGCGCUAAGUUUUGGGAAGUCAUUUCUGAGGAGCAUGGUAUUAGCGGUGAUGGAACUUACGUUGGCGAUCAGAGCCUCCAACUCGAUCGCAUCAAUGUUUAUUACAACGAAGUUGGCAACAACAAAUAUGUUCCACGCGCCAUUCUCGUCGACCUAGAGCCAGGAACAAUGGACUCUGUUCGAGGCUCCGCUUUCGGCGAGCUGUUCCGUCCUGACAACUUUGUUUUCGGCCAAUCUGGUGCUGGAAACAAUUGGGCAAAAGGACACUACACUGAAGGCGCUGAGUUGGUUGAUUCUGUCCUCGAAGUCGUUCGCAAAGAGGCGGAGAACUGUGACUGCCUCCAAGGCUUCCAGCUGACACACUCUCUUGGUGGUGGUACCGGAUCUGGAAUGGGAACCCUCCUGAUUUCCAAAAUUCGCGAGGAAUACCCUGACCGGAUUAUGAACACAUUUUCCGUCGUUCCAUCUCCAAAGGUCUCCGACACUGUUGUAGAACCUUACAACGCCACUCUCUCAGUCCACCAGUUGGUUGAAAACACCGACGAGACUUACUGCAUCGACAAUGAGGCUCUUUAUGAUAUUUGCUUCCGCACUUUGAAGCUGACAAAUCCAACUUAUGGCGAUUUGAACCACUUGGUCUCGUCUACUAUGUCGGGCGUCACAACCUGCCUACGAUUCCCGGGUCAGUUGAAUGCCGAUCUUAGAAAACUAGCUGUCAACAUGGUCCCCUUUCCGCGACUUCAUUUCUUUAUGCCCGGCUUUGCGCCUUUGACCGCUCGUGGAUCCGCCCAAUACCGUGCGCUCACUGUUCCAGAGCUGACCCAACAACUCUUCGACUCGAAGAAUAUGAUGGCAGCCUGUGAUCCUCGACAUGGCCGAUAUCUCACCGUUGCCACUAUGUUCCGUGGGCAGAUGUCGAUGAAGGAUGUUGACGAGCAAAUGCUCCAUAUUCAAAACAAAAAUUCGAGCUACUUUGUCGAGUGGAUUCCAAACAAUGACUACGGCUUUAUAAUCCAUUCCUAA